AUGAAAGAAGCCGUCGGAAAUUCGCACGAAACGAGGUCCGAAGUUGGUGCAAGGGGGGAUAUGGGCAGGCUGGUUGGCCUAAAAUUCCAGCCAGCAUGGCAAGCUGACGAGAUACAGAAGCCCUAUGCUAUGCAUUUCAGGAGACAUGAUCAGGACCAGCUCAGUAGUAGUCUCUAUCAGGCCCGAGCUGGAGAGCACCCAAGCGAUCAAUCCCAGGAGAUAUCAAGAAUAUCGCGCUACAUGGAAUGA